GCAGGCCCAGUCGAGCCCGCCUUCCUCCUGCGUCCCGCCCGCCCGCCAGCCCACGCCGCAGGGGUGCACGCCAGCGCCGGCAGCCCUCCGCCUGCAUUUCUGGCUGAGGCUUAUCUUGAUUCCUCCAAGCCACCAUGCCUGGUGAGAGCGACUGCAGGGACAGGAAACUUCCAGCCAAGAAUGAUUGUGCUACUGAUUUUGUUGUUCGCACCCGCAAAAGAAAAGCUGACGUUGUAAUAUUUUUACAAGAUCCAGAUGAAGAUACUUCCAACAUAAAAAUAACCAACAGGAAACCAAAUGAAAAUCAGUCAAAUUGUGUUGCAUGUCCUUAUUCGCACUUGCUGAUCCCAACACCAGAGAAAGAUGAAGAGCUAGAGAAUCCAAACUUCUCAACUUCUAAGCAUCAAAGACUUGUUUCAGCUAGAGAGUCACCAUUGCCUGUUUUAGGUUGGGCAAAUAAAGAUGAAGUAUGGAAAAACAUGCUCAGUAAGGAACAGAGAUAUACAAGGGAUAAGUUAUAUAUGGAAAAGCAUCCACUCUUGGAACCUAAAAUGCGAGUAAUUCUCCUAGAUUGGCUAAUGGAGGUUUGUGAGGUCCACAGACUUCACAGAGAGACAUUUUAUUUAGCUCAAGAUUUCUUCGAUCGAUUCAUGGCAACACAACAGAACAUUGUAAAGACGCUUCUCCAGCUGAUUGGGAUAUCAUCUUUAUUCAUAGCUGCUAAACUGGAGGAGAUCUACCCGCCAAAGCUGCAUCAGUUUGCCUACGUUACUGAUGGUGCUUGCACAGAAGAAGAAAUUAUUAGCAUGGAACUUAUUAUUAUGAAGGCGCUCAACUGGAACCUGAGUCCACUGACAAUUGUGUCCUGGCUAAAUAUAUACAUGCAGGUUGCGUAUCUAAGUGAGAUCUGUGAGAUGCUGCUGCCACAAUAUUCUCAAGAGAUAUUUGUGCAAGUAGCAGAGCUUUUGGAUCUCUGUGUACUUGAUGUUGGCUGUUUGGAAUAUACGUACGGUGUCCUAGCUGCUUCUGCUUUGUAUCACUUCUCCUCUUGCGAACUGAUGCAGCGGGUUUCAGGGUAUGAAUUGAGUGACAUAGAGAAGUGUGUGAAAUGGAUGGUCCCCUUUGCGAUGGCUAUCAAGGAAGUAGGGAGCUCAGUGCUCAAGCACUUCAAAGGAGUCCCUGCCGAAGAUUUGCACAAUAUACAAACGCACAUAAACACCUUUGAUUUGUUGGACAAAGCUCAAGCAAAACAAGCCAUGUUGGCUGAGAAGAACAGGUGUUCUCCUUUGCCCACGGGUGUUCUCACCCCACCCCAGAGUAGUAAGAAACUCUCUCGGACCUUAAAAUAGCUAAAGCUAUGCACGCUGCUGAACCUCCUGGUUUGCUUCUUUUUAAAACCACAGUCCUUCCAUAUAUUUUUAUUUUUACAAUUCUGCAUUACUGUGUGACGCUGCCGGUGGCUUCAGAUUCAUUCUAGAAUGGAAAAAGUCUUUAUGUAUUUCUGUGGAAGAAACGGACCAAUUAUGAAAACCGUUUUUAAUGGAAUGUUUAUCUUUAAAUGAACUGUUCAAGUAUACCAGGCACCCCAAACGAGGAUGUGCUUGGAUUGCUGCUAAGGAAAGAGUUAUUUGAUGUGCCGAUUGAAAGAAGAGGUUCUGCUCUCUGCUGCUGUGAAGCACCAACAUUGCUCUGGUUGGAGUUAGCCAUGGAAGGCAAGCCUCUUCGUCGAUUUGAGUUUACAGCCUGAUUUUUAAAAAAUCCUUUGUAAAUGCUCUUAUGUGUCUCUAAUUUUUAAAUAAAGUGCUGUCUUUGGUUAUGGCACUUUGUAUUAAUAUGCAAGAACUGCUGUAGGUGGAGGACAGUUAUGAUUUAUGUAACUCCUAGAGUAAUCAAAAGAAACACUUAAUUAUAGUGUUGUCAUUGUGGAUCUACGUUGUGAAGAGGAGUUUAUUGGCUGUGCUUGCACUUUAUGACAAAUCAAAAUGUGGCUGGUUGUGUGAACCCAGUUACUGUAGUUAAACUACUGCUUAUGGCUUAGCAUCUUCAGUUGCUCGUAACUUAUUGAACAGCUCUUAGUUCAAAGUGUUGUGUGGACCCAACCUUUCUCCCACUUGACGGUUAAGGGUUGGUUUGAGGAUGGAGAUAACUUGAAGCAAGUUUAGUCCCUCACCCAGUCCAGAUUUUUGCAUUCAAUAAAUUAUGCCUGAAGAGCCAUCCAAAGGGGUUACAGGUAGUUCUUGCUUAAUGACUGUUCAUUUAACGACGGUUCAAAGUU